AUGAAACGUAGUCUAGAGGAAAAUAUGCCGGAAGGCCAAGUACCUGAGGUACAAGAAGAUAAUCCUGAAACACAGGCUAUUAUGCCACAUAUACACGAAUUCGAUGAAGUGCAGAAAGCUUUGCUAGAAAUUGAUGAAGAAUGCGCCAUCAAACAAAUCGAAUUACAACGCGAAUAUGAUCGAAAAAAACAACCACACUUCAAAAAAAGACAGGAAAUUAUAGAUAAAAUACCAGGGUUCUGGGCUAAAGCAAUGUCACAUCAUCCGGCACUAAGCUACCUAACCACUGCCGAUGCACCUAUACUACAGUUACUACAAAAAGUAGAACUUGAUGACAAUUUGGACAAUUACGGUUCAUACAAGGUCACUUUGACCUUCGCUGAAGCUGCAAGAGACUAUAUGGAACCAAUAGUUCUAACAAAACAUGUUGUCUUCUCAGAUACUAAGGAAGAAGUAGCAGAGUGCACCAAAAUUGAAUGGAAACCAGAAAAGAGUCCUAUCGAAGUCGCAUUAAAAGCAAGAUCAGAAGAAGGAUGUAUCGAUUGGUCACUUUUCGAAUGGUUCACCACCGAAGAAUGGAUCAACCUACCAGAUUUCGGAGAGGUACUUAGACGUGAGCUAUGGCACGCACCACUGGCAUACUACAUGGACAAUGUUUCGGUCGAUUUUGUUGACGACGAAUAUGAUAUACUAGACGACGACGAGGAAUGA